AUGGAACUCGGAGCAGCCGAGAACUCGCUCCAGCUAGUGGACGCCACCGCCAGAGUGCGGUGGAACAGACCUCAAGGGGGCAGGAGGCCAAAGACCAAGCUGAAGCUGGUGGAGGUGACACAACAUAUCAAUCAGUACACCAGCUGUCUGAUGUACAGGUGUGCAGUCCAGACUGCUGCUGCCAUUUUGCCACCUGGAGUUGCAAAGGAAGUGCAGAGAGUGUUGAAAUGCCUAGAAGAAUCGGAAGACGACAUAAUUUCUUGGGGUGCCCUGUUGCAGCAGGACAGUAAUGAUGAUGCUGAAGAUGUUUCACUGUUUGAUGCAGAAGAAGUGACAGCUAAUAGACCCAACAGAGGCCGAAUUAGACAUCCAGGGGCAUCAUUUUUCCAUUUUUUCUUUCGAGUCAGUACGAUUAUAGUCUAUUACAGUCUUCUGUGUGAGUUGCUCAGCAGCAGCGUUACUGCCCGGAGGAUCACCAUCCUCUUGGUGCUAUCAUGUGACUUUGGGGCAGAGAAGAAUGUCACAGGUAGACUAAUGGUGGGUCUGCGCUUGUGGAAUCAUACUGAUGAGGUUGGAAAGAGCCACUGGGUAUUUGAGUCCAGGAAGGCAACUUCUCAAGAGAUAAAGUGGCUGGUGGUGGUUAUCAUGGGUGUGGUGCCGGGAGGUGCCAACCUGUGCGGUUACAUCAGGCAUAAUGUGGGCAGCAGGAAGAAUCUAACCAGCAUGGCUACCUCCUAUCUCGGGAAGCAGUUUUUAAGACAAAACAUUGGAGAUAAACAGACUUCCUGA